AUGGGGCUCCAGGGCCACUGGCAGCAGUGCGGCGAGGGUCCGGGCCCCUUCCUCCAGCCCCGUGGAGAAGCCUCUGCCCCUGCACGGGGCAGGCUUGGCAGCAUCCUGGCUGAAGCGAGGGGAGAGGAAGAAGCCAAGCGGGCUCCCACCCUCCGCCAUUGUGGGGAGUGGGCUACAUUCCUGGAGGGCGGCCACUGGAGGCGAUUCCAGGCCUUAGCUCUGCUCCUGACCAUCCUGGAGCGGCUGUGGGAGGACCUCUCCCUCGUCUGGGGAAGCCCCCUCUCUGUAAACACAGCUCAGUGCAAACUGGGCUUGGCAAGCUGGGUGGGGGCCGGGGCACCUGGUGAUGCUGGGAGGGAGUUGUGGGGACCCUCAGAAAAAGCCACAGCUGGCCAGCCACGAGUGACCCUGCUGCCCACACCCAAUGGCAGUGGGUCAAGCUGGGAGUUUGACGGUCCCUGGCCGGAGAUCCCGGAGAGGUCCCCGUGUGUGGCUGGCAUUGCCCCUGUCAUCUACUACAGCAUCCUGCUGGGCCUGGGGCUGCCUGUCAAUCUCCUGACAGCGGUGGCCCUGGCCCGCCUCGCCACCAGGACCAGGAAGCCUUCGUACUGUUAUCUCCUGGCACUCACGGUCUCGGACAUCGUCACGCAGGUGGUCAUCGUGUUCGUGGGCUUCCUCCUGCAGGGCGCAGUCCUGGCCCGCGAGGUGCCACCGGCCGUGGUGCGCACGGCCAACAUCCUGGAGUUCGCGGCCAUCCACGCCUCGGUCUGGAUUGGCGUGCUGCUGACGCUGGACCGCUACAGCGCCCUGUGCCGCCCCCUGCACCACCGGGUGGCCUCGUCCCCGGGCCGGACCCGCAGGGCCAUUACCGCUGUCCUCGGGGCCGCCCUGCUCACCGGCAUCCCCUUCUACUGGUGGCUGGACGUGUGGAGGGACGCGGAGCCCCCUGGCACGCUGGACAAGGUCCUGAAAUGGGCCCACUGCCUCACCGUCUACUUUGUCCCUUGUGCCAUCUUCCUGGUGGCCAACUCGGCCAUCGUUCAUCGGCUCCGCCAGAGCGGGCUGCGGCCCCACGUGGGCAAGAGCACUGCCAUCCUCCUGGGGUUCACCACCCUCUUUGCGCUCCUGUGGGCGCCCCGGAUCUUCGUCAUGCUCUACCACCUCUACGUGGCCCCCGUCCACCACGACUGGAGGGUCCACCUGGCCUUGGACGUGGCCAACAUGGCAGCCAUGCUCACCACAGCAAUCAACUUCGGCCUUUACUGCCUUGUCAGCAAGACGUUCCGGGUCACUAUCCGAGAGGUCAUCCACGACGCCCAUCUGUCCUGCACCCUGGGAUCUCGGCCAGAGGGCAUCAACGUAGAGCCUGUGUUGAAGCUUCCAGGAUUCCCCAAAAGGACAGAAUCCUAUGAAAGGGGGCCCAGCCACGGAGCUUGGGGUGCUUAG